UAUAAAGAGAGAAGAGAGGAGAGAGUGAAUGCAGGAAAGAUAGAAGGAAGGAAGGAAGGAAGGAAGGAAGGAAGGAAGGUGUGUUUAAAUGUAUAUAUCUUUGCUCCACUUCCAUUCUCUCUCCUCUUUCACACAUCGUUCCACCCUUUUAAUCUUCUCCUCCUCCUCCUCCUCCUCUUCCUUUUCCAAUCUUUCAAUCUCCAUCCCUUUAUCUUUACCUUUCAACCUCUUCCAUCCUCUCUUCUCUUUCUUCUUCUUCUUUUUCCAUAUUUCUAUUUUCCUCUUCUUAUUUUACUUUCCUUUAGCAUAUUUAUUUUUUCUACUUUAAUUUUAACCUCCUCCUCAUUCUUCUUCUUUUUCUUUUUUCCUCUUCUUUCUUAUUCCUCUUAAACUCCUCAUUUUCGUAUCUCUAACCUCCUCCUCCUCCUCCUCCUUUUUCUCUAUUUCCUCUCCUUUCUCUUUCUUUUAACUUCUCUUUUUCAUAUUUUUAACUUCCUCCUUUCUCCCAUUCUCUUUUCCAGCAUGACAGGAGAAAGUGAAGGUGACGGCGGCGGCGGCGGCGGCGGGGGUGGGGGCGCAGGUGAGGCAGCCAGGUGUGUGCAGUGUGACCUCGAAUACAACCGUGAUGACAGGUGCCCCAGGGUCCUCAUUUGCGGGCACACCUGUUGUACUGCCUGCCUGGAUGACUUAAUUAACAAGGAACAGAAAAGGUGUCCAACGUGCAACAGAUAUUUUUUCACGCUGUCCGUUGUCCUCAUCCCGAAGAACCUGGAUAUGUUGAACGGCGCGGAAAAGUCAUCAAAAAGGUCAUCGGUUGGGUCAUCAGUUGGGUCGAGGUCAUCGUAUAGUUCCGCGAGGUCAUCUUUGUCCAACGAUUCAGGCAUCGAGGUGUUGAACGGCUCGUCAUCAAAAAGGUCAUCGGUUGAGUCAUCAGUUGGGUCGAGGUCAUCUUAUAGUUCCGCGAGGUCAUCUUUGUCCAACGAUUCAAGCCUCGAAAUGAUGAAUGAUGCGGAAAAGUCAUCAAAAAGGUCAUCGGUUGAGUCAUCAGUUGGGUCGAGGUCAUCGUAUAGUUCUGUGAGGUCAUCUUUGUCCAACGAUUCAAGCCUCGAGGUGUUGAACGGCUCGUCAUCAAAAAGGUCAUCGGUUGAGUCAUCAGUUGGGUCAAGGUCAUCGUAUAGUUCUCUGAGGUCAUCUUUGUCUUCGGAUUCCGGCCUCGGGUUCAAUAGUUUCGAGGUGACAAAGAGUUCGGAAAAGUCAUCCUCGCAGUCAUUAUACCUGGAGGAACAGUCAUCGUCGAGGUCAUCAACACAGUCAUCGAAAUCAUCAUACAGUUCUCCUCUGAGGUCAUCUUUAUCCUACGACUCCUCCAGCCUCGAAGUUUCCAAAAGCUCUGCAAAGUCGUCAUUAAGGUCAUCUUUAACCUUAGACUCCACUGACCUCGAUAUUCCACAGUUCUGAAAGGUCAUCGUACAGUUCCCCGUUCAGGUCAUCUUUAUCCAACGACUCCGGGGCACCCAAAACUUCAGAGAGGUCAUCCGGGUCAUCAGAAUCCUGGAAGUCCUCACUCAAGUCAUCCUACAGCUCCCCCUUCAGGUCAUCUUCAUCCCUUGACUCCAGCAGCCUCCAACGACCUGGGUCAAACGGGAGGUCAUCCGGCAUAUCCUCUCUCAGGUCACCGUCAUCUUUGGGUUCCUCUUUCGAAGCUCAAGAGGAUGGAGGAGGUGAAGGAGGUGAAGGAGAUGUGUCAGGGCCAUCCUCGGGAGUCCUACCACCUCCACCUGUCCCAUCAUCCGCUCCUCCAAGCCUCCAGGAGUCCUACGAUGACCUCUCAACUCCGGGGGUCAGGUCACAAGGGAUUAAGGACACUUCGGAGGAGGAUGGAGGUGGUGGUGGAGUAGGUCAAGAUGGAAGCAUUGAUGGAGGUGCAAGUGGUCAUGGUAGUACGCGUCCUUCCAUCCUACAGAGGAGUCCUUCAGCGGAUCAGGCCUCAGGGGGAUCCUACACGCCUCCAACCUACUCCUUCCCGACCAUCAGGACCAAACUGAAUCUAAGCAGGAAGCAGGAAGGUGACGCCCAAGGAAGCAGUAUCAGCAGCGCAAAGAUGGAACUGCGUCCGGCGAAGUCCCUACCUCCUUCUUCCUCCUCCUCCUCCUCCUCCUGGUCUCUUCCGCCCUUGUCCUCUACUCUUGGGAAAAAGGAGGAGGGUUCGUCAUCCACGCCCUCGUCUUCAGGAUAUACGUCG